AAUAAAACGCACGGAAGAAGAAACAUGUGUUGCGACUGAUAUAAGUCGUUCGGAGAAUUAAGUCCUUCACGCAUUGCCAUUUCUCUUUUCUUUUUUUUUAAUAGUUUCUCUCAAAUAUCCGUGCACUAUUCGCUGUUAAAAGGACGACACGCUCGGAGAUAAACGAGGAUGACGAACGAGGUGUCGGCGAACAUUCUGACACUGAACUGUUGGGGCAUACCAUAUGUCUCGAAGGACAGGAGCACGCGUAUAUCCGCCAUCGCAGAGAAAUGUGCCAGCAGGGAGUACGACGUGGUUUGCCUGCAGGAGGUUUGGUCCGUCGAGGAUUUUAAGCUGAUAAAAACGAAGGCGCAGGAAGUGCUUCCCUACUCGCAUUACUUUCACAGCGGAGUCUUCGGUUCGGGGGUGUGCAUCUUGUCGCGAUACCCCAUUCACGAUGUCAUGUUUCACAAGUGGCCCCUGAACGGUUAUGUUCACAAGAUACACCAUGGUGACUGGUUCGGCGGCAAAGGGGUUGGGCUGUGUAAAAUACAAAUUCGCGACAUGAACGUCAACGUUUACAUCACGCACUUACACGCUGAGUACAAUCCCGAGAAUGACGAGUACAUGGCUCACCGGGUGCUGCAGGCGUUUGACACUGCUCAAUUCGUGAGGAUGACGAGCGGCGGCGCGGACGCGGUCGUACUGGCCGGUGAUCUUAAUACGGAACCGCAGGACUUGGCGUACAAGAUUAUACGCGGUGUUUCCAGCUUGACGGACACGUGCCCCAACAGCUCGAGCCACAUAGGGACCAACGAAUGUGCCAAUAAUAGUUACACCAGCUCAAAACUCGCUCGUACGAAGCCAGACGGCAAGCGUAUAGAUCACAUUAUGUACUCAGGCUCAAAAACUGUGAAGGUUGAAGUUACAAACUUUCAACAUCCCUUGCCAAAUCGUAUACCAUAUAAGAAUUUCAGUUAUUCCGACCACGAAGCUGUGAUGGCUACGCUCAAAUUCACCGAUAACGAUAAACAUGCUACGGACGAUGCAGACGUUAGUGAUUCCCUGAAAGAGGCAGUAACGAUUUGCGAAAACGCAUUGAAAAGUGUAGAACGCCAACGUUUCUGGUACGCGCUGUCAGCCUGUAUGUUGAUCAUCCCAUUAAUUUGGUCCAUCUGGAUGAAUUGCAUGAACACGUCUCUAGCCGUAGACAUCGGUUUGAAUAUAGUAUGUAUUUUUCUGACUGCAAUAUUAUGUUACACUCUGUUUAUGAGUUCAAUAUGGAACAGCGUGGAGAAGAAUGCGUUGAAAGCGGGAUGCUUAGCUAUAGAAAUUUACAUGACGCAAUUGAGUAAUGAUCCAAACUGAAAUUUAGUCAAGUUUAUACAAUAAUACAAAUACUUCCAAAAGUGGACACAAUAAUUAUUAAGCUCAAACAAGUUUCGUUAAAAAAAAAACUAUAUAAAUUUGAAGAUGACUUUCAUAUCAAGUUUGCAUUUAAAUUCUAUAUUUAUUGAUUGUUAUUGAAUAAAACUCAGAAUUCUCAAUGUAGAGUGAGUUUAAAAAGUGAGAUGAAAAUACCAAAAUUGAAACUGUGAAACUGUAUCACUCGCAAUGACUGCUUUUUUUUUUAAUUACUUAUUAUUAACAGAAAGUUGUGUUAUAGAUGUAUAUCUAGAAAUAGAUAUUUACAACAUUACCGAUCGACCAAUUAUAGAAACUAUGCAUAUCAUUCCACGGGAAUCAACAUUGUGGUAAAAGUAUAUCUACAUAUUCGUGCAUUUAUUUCUUCGAUCGUAAUGUUGAAACUCGAGUUUUAGUUCUUCAAAUCCAGUCUUUCAGGCGCUAUUGCAUGUUACUUUAUACGAAUUGCGCUUUGUAUUUCUUAUAUCGACCAUACUAGGAUACAAUAUUAAAUACCUGUAUUAAAUAAUAGUUAUGUAUAUUAGGUUUGUAAAAUUUUCCGAGAUAUUUCGUAUUUAUUCAAUAUGGCAUUAUAUAUUUUAUUAUAAUUAUAAUACAAUGCUAUAAAACGAAUGGUUAUUGCCUUUAAAA